UCACUUGAACUUCAGUUGAACUUUGACUGCAGUUUCUCCUGCCACCGUAAUUCCAGAAAAUGUUUUGACAAGGGAUGUUAAUGAUUAACAGUUUAAUCGAGUUGAGAAUUGAACCAGUUAAAAACGCAGUAACUGAUAAUCAGAGACAUGUACAAAUACAUCUAAAACAAACUGAUAUUAGAUUUUAGAUUUUUCAUUUUUCAUUAUUUUGUGUUUAGUUUAUCAUGCAAGUAACCUCUAAUUUAUGUUAUUUGACUUUCUAAUGUAGCCUAUUCUGAUUUUGCAUUGAACAUAGAUCGUGUCAACUUCCUACAGAAAACAUCAAUAUUUCGUAUAUUAUUAACAAUUACCUGAUAAUUAAUUGUUAAAGCAGCCAACUAUCAAUUAGAAUUUGGUCAAAAAAUGCAUCCCUUGUUACAAAAUGCUGUUUUGUAAAAUAAUUUUAUAUUUUGCUUAUCCUUUGUGGCAUCUACUUGAUUAUUUGAAAUCAAUACAAAGACAAUACAUUUCAUGUUUUACCUCAUUGAAUACAUAGAUUUUUGUAAAUUUAUGAUUAUUUUGAAUUUGCUGGUGCAUUUCAAACAAGUUGGGACAGAGGCAACAAAAAGCUGGGACAAGUUGUGAAAUGUUUUUAAAAAACCUAUUUGGAAGAUUUCAACAGUUAAAAAGUGUCUUGACUGUUUUGGAAUUUGGGUUGUAGACAUGGUUAGGUCGAAAUAUACUUGUGUUUUACAACUAGUUUGUGUAAACAUUUUGACUACCUCGCGUAUCCUGCACCUAUUUUGAGAGUCAGUGUACAUGUCCUCAUAAAUGAACACUAAACAUCAGCAAGUUACGCACAUAAAAGGUAGGGGGCAGUAUAGGGCCAGUAUACAUAUGUGACAUGGUUAAGAGUCAGUAAGCACAGCAGCAGGGACAACAAGCUAAUGUGUGCCAUGCUGGUGUUGUCCUCCAGUUGCAGGUGAAUUGUAUUAGAGGUGCAAUGCCUAACAAUAGCCACUUGGAAUUCACACUCCCAACAAAUCCAGUAGUAUAUUGCAAGUGUCGCUGACUGGGUUCAGUUAGCUGGCGGCAGCAAGCGGGCGUACCAUGGGAGUGUUGGUGUUAACUCCACUAGUACAGGAGCUUUGGACAGCUAGAAGAAAGAGGCUAGCUGGUUAGCAUGACGUCUUUUGACAUAAUGUCAAAACUUUUGAUCAUUCUUGUUAACUCUUGAGUGAAAAUCUCACAUGUUGCGUCUUUAAGAUAGUCUUGAAAAAACCUGAACCUCUCCUUUAAGAACCUAAAAUCAAGUGAGAGCAUUUUAAUCUAAUAUUGUGAUUAUUUGUUAGCUAUAAUCAUUAGCUUCAUAAUUGUUAAUUGGAGGAUUCUUGAUUCUUGUCUCACCCCAUGCUUGUGUGGCAAAAUGGCUUUACUCACUUGGAGGGCGUUUAAUGAGCUAAUUAACCUUUCCUGCAUGUCUUCCAGGGGGUGGAGCAGAGCCCGACGACACCGUUCUGUCUGCUCUUGCUUUCCAAAUGCAGCAUGCUGCACUGCAGUGGUAUCAAAGCCAUUUGAAUACAGAUCUCCUCAGCCAUAUUUGAGAUUGUUUAUGAACAGUGCAAAUUGAACAAAUGUCAAAAGACUAAAUUUGUUUGUGUCGAUGUGAUAACUUUAAAAAACGGUCUAAAGGAUACAAUGAAUGUAAAUUGUGGUCUUAAAUUAACAAGUGUGCUUUAUAAGAAAUAAUGUAUAGAUGUUGAUUUCUCCCUCUUUGUGUGAAUUUUUGCCACCAGUGGCACAGAACAAUUUCACACAUUUUUGUAGUAUAUCACAGUCAUGAACUAAGUUGUAUGCAUUCAGUUUAAUUUUCUCUCCCUUUAUACGUUGGUAGAGCACAUUGUGUUUUCUGAAUUCAACCAGGUGACUAUUCAGUUCCAUACUUAUUUCACACACUUCCGCUGUUUGUUUGUGUUUUGGCAGUGCACCGUCUCUUCAUUCAAGAAACCAUCUGGGAACUUUUCAUCAUUCACUUGAUUAAUUCUUUUAGUGGCUGGCAUAAAAACAAAAUGAAUAAUAACUAGAAUAUUGGCUUUUUAUCCAAGCCGAGUGUAUUGUUUUCUGUUCAACUCCCUGUUGAUGAAAAGAAAUGGAAUCAAAGUGAAUGUCUGUUCAUUUUUUUCUAUAAAAACAAAAUAAUCUGCCAGGUAUUGUCCGAAUGCACUAUGGAACAUGUUUUUAUAUGUUCAUAUGAUUGUGAAUUGGCCGCAUUGAAUGCCGUUGAAAGCGUUUGCAUAAUUUUGAAUUUGCAUUGCAAGCUGGCAUGUGAUUACAUCGAGUCUUGGCACCAUUUCUGUCAUGAACCUGCACAGUGUUGACAUUAUUUGUGUACAUCUGCCAUGACGUCUGGAUGGAUAUCUGAACGGUCUGACAUCUGAAUGGCUCAUCUUCCUCUUAAGUGUGAAGCAGUCAGUUUGCGGGGUUUUUCCAUUUUAGAGUAAUUUCUUUUCUAUUUCAAGACAAUGUUGACAACUUCUUUUGUAAGCACACAUUUUCACUUUCUAUUUUCUGUACUGUAACAUGCAAUAAAUUGAUACAUUAAAACGGCUUGUCUGAUCUCAUUUUCACUGUAAACAAGCUUUUUUAAUGUAACAGUUCCAAAUUUGUUAAUGCAAGCGGGCAUCACUUCACUUUUUAUAUUCUGGGAAUCGCAGUUUGUUUUCUUUGGCUUGUUUCUGUUCGAGUAAAUUUUGCACUUCCUUCUUUCAGUGAGCUCUUCGAGUUGUCGAACUCAAAUCUGAAACCGUUAUUAAUAACGUUUGUCCCUCCUUCGUAGUCUGACACCUCUUCCUUUCUUUCCCACCGCACUGUCUCUCAGGUAAAUUCCAAGACUGCCCUUCCUGUUUCCACUCUGAAACUAUCAUACAUGUUGCUUCUUUGAAUGCGGAGGAGCAGAGAUGUGUUUUAUCAUUGUGAAAGAGCGAGAUGAAGAGAAAAAGGGAGAGAUAUUUGUAGAGCCUGCUGGCCAGGCAGGAAGCUGAGUGUGGUUAGCUGAGCGGAACAAUAGAGGGGAAGCUGCAUUGCCCUUUUUUGUACAGUAUUCAGUCUGCGUAAUCCCUCAGACUGAAGUGGAACCUGCUGCUGCAGGACAGAAAACAAAAGUUAAGGAAGUCAGUGGAGCUUUUCGGCAGGAAUCAAAGUAAAGCUGGGGGCAUCCCUUGGAACAGUCAGUCAGCAGCAUAGUUCAAGCUUGAGAGCGGUCAUGCAGCCAGUUUGAGCUCUCUGGGCAUUGUGUAUGGGACCACCGAUGGCAGUUUUGGCAGGCAUGGAGCCUGGGACUGCACACAGGGCAGGCGAGGGGAGGCUGUCCUGGCCAGUUUUCCUGCUGACGCUGGCUGCCGUCACCUCCUCUUCUCUUUCAGCUCUGUCCCUGUACCAGCUGGUGGCUCUCAGAGCUGAGGUGGAGGGGCUCAAAUCAGAGGUCUGUCGCAGGAGAGAGGAGGGACAAGAUGCCAGACAUAGAGGCCAGACUGAGAAUAUCAGCAGCAGGAGAAGCAGUCAGGAGCCCCCGCACCAGCCCGGGUCUCAAGAUGCCUUCACACUGAUAAGAAAGAGAAGACUGGUCUCUGGAGCAGAGCCACCAGUUUCUCAGCCCUGCCUACAGCUGUUGGCAAACAGUAGCAGGAGAACCUUCACCAAAGAAUACUCCCCGGGGCCGAAUGCAGAUAUCCCCUGCACUGACACACCCUGUACCGCUAUCCCUUGGCGGACUGGGCUGAGGAGAGGCUCUGCCCUGGAGAUAGAGGAGGACAGCAUGUUAGUCAGAGAGGAGGGCUUCUACUUUGUGUACAGUCAGGUCUACUACACGGACAGAAUCUUUGCAAUGGGUCACGUUGUGAUCCGGAGGAAGAGGAAUGUGGUGGGAACCGAGACUCCAUAUGUGAGCCUGUUCCGCUGCAUCCAGAACAUGAACCCUAACUACCCUUACAACACCUGCUACACAGGAGGUAUUGUGAAGCUGGAGGUCGGGGACCACUUGGAGCUGGUGAUCCCUCGCUCCACGGCCAGCGUGUCCCUGGCCGGAGACUCCACCUUCCUGGGCGCUGUCAAGCUCGCUUAAAGUGUGUCACGUCACUGGGGACCCGAGGGACGCUUUUGCAAAGCGAACUGUGCAGCAAGGUGCAGUUGUGGUGACCUCUACUGACUUUGGGUGUUGUGAGAAGAAUACAGGAAGCAGCCGCGUCUGUACUGGCUGAACGACUGACUGAGUUUCUUUCAGCCUGAGGGGGCUUUAAAUGCCCCUGUGAGGUGAUGGUCUUUCCUCUUAAGACUGCAUGCACCUCAUAGCUGCAGCUGUGUGAUGGUUGUCAUUUCAACCACACAUCAAGGCACAAUAUUGUAACAACUGUCUGAAUCAAGUCCUUUUUCUUCAAAUAAUCACAAACAGCAUAACCGUGCCACAGAAACAGUUCUUCUCAUAUGCUUUUAUUAUUUUAGAUAUUGGAACAUAGACACAGGCGGUGUGAUUCAUCCUCUGAAUGCCAUGAUUUGAUUUAAGUUGUCCCAUAUAUGUCUGAGAAUUCAGUAGCAAUAAAGUGACGGCUCUUGCACAACAGAUGACAUCAUCUGGA